AUGACUCCCCUUCCGUCGCGGGUUUGCACAGUCCAUCGCACAGUUGCAGCUCCUUCCGUCGCCCACCCUCACUUCCUCCCGUCGCCCACGCGCACUCCCCUCCGCCGCGCGUGUUCGCUCCCUCCAGUUGAGCAUGCGACGUAUCCCGUCAUCACACUCGCUCCCUCCUUCAAGGCCAACCCUGGGAGAUCGCUACCCUCCGGCGCCCAUGCGCACUCCCCUCUGUGCCGCACCCCCGUCCUUCUCCCCGCUGCUUCCCCUCCGUCUCCCCCCUGCUCUCCCUCCUCCUCCCUGCUUCCCCUCCGUCCCCCCCCUGCUUCCCCUCCGUCUCCCCCCUACUUCCCCUCCGUCUCCCCCUCGCUUCCCCUCCUUCCCCCCCCCUGCUUCCCCUCCGUCUCCCCCCUGCUUCCCCUCCUUCUCCUCCCUGCUUCCCUUCCGUCUCCCCCCUGCUUCCCCUCUGUCUCCCCCCUGCUUCCCCUCCGUCUCCCCCCUGCUCCCCCUCCUUCUCCCCCCUGCUUCCCCUCCUUCUCCCCCCUGCUUCCCCCCCUUCUCCCCCCUGCUUCCCCUCCGUCUCCCCACUGCUUCCCCUCCUUCUCCCCCCUGCUUCCCCUCAUUCUCCCCACUGCUUCCCUCCCUUCUCUCCCCUGCUCCCCUCCUUCUCCCCCCUGCUUCCCCUCCUUCUCCCCCCUUCUCCCCUCCUUCUCCCCCCUACUUCCCCCCCUUCUCCCCCCUGCUCCCCUCCUUUUCCCCCCUGCUUCCCUUCCUCCUCCCCCCUACUCCGCUCCUUCUCCCCCCUGCUUCCCCACCUCCUCCUCCCUGCUCCCCUCCUUCUCCCCUUGCUCCCCUCCUUCUCCCCCCUGCUUCCCAUCUUUUGCUCGAACACUCGCGAUCCUAUCACCAUUGCCACAACCUAGUGCCUUGAGCGGGAACCUCUUCACUGACAUCGCGUCAUCAAGACACCCGACGCAUUCGGCAAUACGCCUGCAUUCCCCCUUACGCCACUCUGCCUUACUCCUGUCCAUCCACCUUCCAUAUCUCCCUCUCCUCCUCCAUCCCACUUUCCCAUUUUUGUCUUACGCCUUUGGCACUGAGUACGCCACUCUGCCCGUCUCCCUGCUUCCCCAUCCCCUCGCACUUCCCUACACCCCUCGUCCCCCUUUCCCCUCUCUCACCCUUCUCCUUCCCCGUUUCGCCUCUCAGCCAUCCCCCCCUAUUCCCAUUUCCGCCCUUCUUCCCCCUGUUCCCUUUCUUCCCUACAACAGUAUACCCCCUUUCCCAUCUCUGCCUUACCCCCUUCUUCCCCUUGUUCCCUCUCUUCCAUACAACCCUCUUCCCCCAAUCCCGUCUCUGCCUUACCCCCUCCUUCCCCCUGUUCCCUCUCCUCCUUACACCCUUCUUCCCCCUUUCCCGUCUUUGCCUUACCCCCUUCUUCCCCCUAUUCCCUCUCUUACAACCGUCUACCCCCUUUCCCAUCUCCAACUUACCCCGUUCUUCCCCCUGUUCCCUCACCUCCUUACAACCUUCUUCCCCCUUUCCCGUCUCUGCCUUACGCCCUUCUUCCCCCUGUUCCCUCUCUUCCUUACAACCGUCUACCCCCUUUCCCGUCUCUGCCUUACCCCCUUCUUCCCCCUGUUCCCUCUCUUCCAUACAAGCUUCUUCCCCCUAUCCCUCCCCUGCCUUACCCCCUUCUUCCCCUUGUUCCCUCUCCUCCUUACACCCUUCUUCCCCCUUUCCCGUUUUGCCUUACGCCCUUCUUCCCCCUGUUCCCUCUCUUCCUUACAACCGUCUACCCCCUUUCCCGUCUCUGCCUUACCCCCUUCUUCCCCCUGUUCCCUCUCUUCCAUACAACCUUCUUCCCCCUUUCCCGUCCCAUCUCUGCCUUACCCCCUUCUUCACCAUGCUCCCUCUCCUCUUCACACCCUUCUUCCCCCUUUCCCGUCUUUGCCUUACCCCCUUCUUCCCCCUGUGCCCUCUCUUCCUUACAACCUUCUUCCCCCUUUCCCGUCUCUGCCUUACCCCCUUCUUCCCCCUGUUCCCUCACCUCCUUACAACCUUCUUCCCCCUUUCCUGUCUCUUCCUUACCCCCUUCUUCCCCCUGUCCCCCCCCCCCCUCACAACCUUCUUCCCCCUUUCCCAUCUCUGCCUUACCCCCUUCUUCCCCCUGUCCCCCCCCCCCCUUACAACCAUCUUUUCCCUUUCCCGUCUCUGCCUUACCCCCUUCUUGAGAACUUUUCCCUCUCCUCCUUACACCCUUCUUCCCCCUCUCCCGUCCCUGCCUUACCCCCUUCUUCCCCCUGUCCCCUCUCUUCCUUACCCCCUUCUUCCCCCUGUUCCCUCUCUUCCUUACAAUUCUCUUCCGCCUCUCCCGUCUCUGCCUUACCCCCUUCUUCCCCCUGUUCCCUCUCUUCCAUACACCCUUCUUCCCCCUAUCCUGUCUCUGCCUUACCCCGUUCUUCCCCCUGUUCCCUCUCCUCCUUACACCCUUCUUCCCCUUUUCCCGUCUUUGCCUUACCCCCUUCUUCCCCCUGUGCCCUCUCUUCCUUACAACCGUCUACCCCCUUUCCCGUCUCUGCCUUACCCCCUUCUUCCCCCUGUUCCCUGACCUUCUUACAACCUUCUUCCCCCUUUCCCGUCUCUGCCUUACCCCCUUCUUCCCCUGUUCCCCCCCCCCCUUUUACAACCAUCUACCCCCUUUCCCGUCUCUACCUUACCCCCUUCUCGAGAACUGUUCCCUCUCCUCCUUACACCCUUCUUCCCCCUCUCCCGUCCCUGCCUUACCCCCUUCUUCCCCCUGUCCCCUCUCUUCCUUACCCCCUUCUUCCCCCUGUUCCCUCUCUUCCUUACAACCCUCUUUCGCCUCUCCGUCUCAGCCUUACCCCCUUCUCCCCCCUGUUCCCUCUCCAACUUACACCCUUCUUCCCCCUUUCCGGUCUCUUCCUUCCCCCCGACUUCCCCUUUUGUGUUCAUGUACCUCCCUAUCCUUCUUUCGCCUUUCCCUCUCUGCCAUUCACCAUACUUCUCCCCUUCUCCCCUCUGUGUUACAACCUUGUACCGCCUUUCUCCAAUAUGCCUUGCACCCUUCUCCCCCUUGUACACUCUCUUCCUUUCACCCUUCAUCCCCCUGACGCCACUCUGCCUUACUCUUUGAAUCCCCCUUUCCCAUCGCUCCUUUACACCCUUCUUCCCCCACUCCCCUCUCCGCCUUUCUCGACGACUACCCUCUCUCAGCCUUACACCCUUCUUCCCCCAAUCCCCUCUAUGCCUUGCCCCCCUUCCUCUGCCUUUCCACCCUCUCCACCUUACACCCUUCUUCCCCCUUUAUCCCUCAAUCCACUCUCUCUUAUUAUAUCCCUCCCCUCCCUCUCCUCUCGUAUGCCGAUCUCCCCUCCCUGUUUAUUCCCCCCCUCGCCUUCACAGCACCGUACGCGACGGCCAAUCCGCACCUCUCUGCUCAACAUCUCCAAUCCGCACCCCACGCCUUGCCUGCACCACUUCCGGGGGUGUAACGUCAACACUCUGGGAGAGGGGGAAAUGGGUACAACGCGCCAUCUCUUCCUUGCCUCUCUCCUCCCUCUUCCUUCUCUCAUCUCCAUCCCCUCUCUCCUCCGACUUCCCUCACGCCCCACCCUGCCCUCUCUACUCCGCCUUUCCUUUCUCACCCCCCUGCUCGCUCUCCUCCCCUCUCAAAUCUCAACUCCCGAACCUCUCCUCCCCCUCUACCCCUCCCAGACCUCUAUCCCUUCAAUGCCCUCUUUCCCCUCUCUGCCCUCUCUCGACCCCUUGCCCUACCCUCCCUCCCUUAUCUCUCUCCCCUCAAUAAUAUGCUGCAAUGUUGUCUCCCUUCUGCCGCACACUGCCCGGGCCCCAUUCUCUGUCAUUUUGCACUCCAUGAUCUAG